GCAUGUCACACAACACGUGCAUCAGCCACGGUGUUUUUUCGUGGCGGUUGUGUUUACAUGAUUGUCUAGGGAAGUAAAACCAUUUUUUAAAAGUCAUUUAUAUAAUAACACGAAUAUAUCUAUUGUAAAUGGGGGGUCUACAGAAAAAGAAGGUAAGGAUGUCACUGUCUGUCAAAUUAAUUAUCCAACAAUUUUGCAAGCUAUGUACAGCUAAAGUUAGCUAGUUUCUCUGAGCACAGAAUUAGCUAUGAGUUUAGGCCGAACAUGUUUAGCUAGCUGUUACUAGAUAACUAUAAAACUAUAACCUUGCUAAUAAUCACAUUUUUAUAAUAGAUCGCUUGCAUGAAACACGUCUUUGUACUCAGCUAUUGUAGUUCUACGUCGGUCUAGUCGAGUCCUUUGCCGUUGAUGCAGAUUGUUUUCAACCCUUCUAUGCUAGCUAGUUAACGUUAGCCUAGCUGCUACGGUAGCACGUUACAUCUUCACCUGAGGCAUAAAAAAGACAGAGUACUAAAUAGUGAUAAAAGAAGUGCAGAACAUUGUCAGCAUCAACCUUUUUGCUCUUUAGUCUGGUUACACGUUUUCUAGUAACAAUUUAAGAGUGACACCCUAGCUAAAAGCCAUGUUCCUCCAAUACCCCACACAUCGUUUACUGUCUUCAUGUCUUGUGAGUAACUGUAAACCCAUUUGUCUUGUUUCAGUAUGAGAGGGGCUCUGCCACCAACUACAUCACACGGAACAAAGCCCGCAAGAAGCUGCAGCUGAGCCUGGCAGAUUUCAGGUACUGGGUAACGUUACUACUAACCCGCCACAACCUGGGUCGUAUUCAUUAGUACACACUGUACACUGUAGCAAAAGUUUUGCAAUGGAAAAUACGUGUUUUGUAAGUUGUAGUCCCUCCUUGUUUCAGUCCGUUAUCUUCCCUGUGGUGUCUAGCGAAUACGGCCAUGUACUCUGGUUGUGGAUGUAAUAGCAUGGUUGCCCCUAUCAGUUUCUGCUAUGCCAAAUUGACAGUCUGCAUGUUCGUCCACUGUUCCACACAGACGCCUGUGCAUUCUGAAAGGCAUCUACCCUCAUGAGCCCAAGCACAAGAAGAAGGUGAACAAGGGUUCCACGGCCCCCCGUACAUUCUACCUGCUCAAAGACAUCCGGUUCCUCCUGCACGAGCCCAUCGUUCGAAAGUUUAGAGAGUACAAGGUAAUGUUUUAUACAACUGUUUUGACUACUAUAUAGACAUGUUGUGUGUUUAUUGACAUUUUCGUACCGUUCAGUGAAUUUCCAGUCCACUAUUUUCAAAUCAAGGGGCAAAUCUAGUAAGGCUGCCUUGUCCUGUUCCGUCUCCGGUAGGUGUUUGUGCGCAAACUGAGGAAGGCAUAUGGAAAGGCAGAAUGGACCGGGGUGGAGAGACUGAGAGAUAACAAGCCUGGCUACAAACUGGACCACAUCAUCAAGGAGAGGUGAGGUCUCACUCCACUGCAGCGCCAACUGCAAACAGGAGAUGGCAAUGUUGAGCAUAUAGUUACAUACACUGAGUGUACAAAACAUUAGGCUCUUUCCAUGACAGUGACCAAGUGAAUCCAGGUGAAAGCUAUGAUCUGUUAUUGAUGUCACCUGUUAAAUCCACUUCAAUCAGUGUAGAUGAAGGGGAGGAGACCGGUUAAAGAAGGAUUUUUUAAGCCUUGAGAAAAUGUUGACAUGGUUUGUAUAUGUGUGCCAUUCAGGGGGUGAAUCGGCAAGACAAAAUAUUUAAGUGCUUUUUGAACAGGGUAUGGUAGAAGGUGCCAGGUGCACCGGUUUGUGUCAAGAACUGCAACACUGCUGGGUUUAUUGUGCUCAACAGUUUCCCGUGUGUAUCAAGAAUGAUCCAACACCCAAAGGACAUCCAGCCAACUUGACACAACUGUAGGAAGCAUUGGAGUCAACAUGGGCCAUUAUCCAAGUAGAACGCUUUCGACACCUUGUAGAGUCCAUGCCCUGACUGAUUGAGGCUGUUCUGAAGGCAAAAGGGGGCACAACUCAAUAUUUGGAAGGUGUUCCUAAUGUUUUCUACACUCAGUGUAUAGAAAAUAGAACGUGACUGUGAAUACAGAGUUUUCGCUGCCGCCCUUCCGGAAGCCUCUUUCUCAAAGCUAAGGAUCUGGAUCACGUUCUAUGCAUGUGUUAUUUUACGCACACUAUGUAGGGCUGGGCGGUAUAUCGUAUUUUACUAUAUAUCAGUUUUGAUGCACAGACCAGUUUGGGUUUUUACUUUACCUUCUAUAUCUGUAUUUGAAUGUUUGGUUUGUUAAAUGUAAUGCCAUGUGUAACACCCAUUUUUAUAGUUUACUCCGCUACUUGAGUUCUCUCUCCACUCUCUCCAUGCUGCUUUCCACACAGACCUAGCCUCGCCCCCUGUCACUCAAGGAGUGCAUUUGUUGUUGCUCGACCACGAGACACUUGCGAUCAGUCUGCCUGGUCAAUGCACCACAUGCAACAAUGUUGAUGUCUACGAUGCUCUUUCCACUUUACUUUUUAAUAUAAAUCUACAAGUGUUCUAUAGUUACACUAUUAAAUUGUUUCUUACAUCUGCAAACAGCUAGUUUGUAUUUUCUUAGCAAGUUGUGACUAGGUCGUGUUAUCUGCUAAUCGCUAGUUAGCUGGCUAAAUGUACUAAGUCAGACUAAACGGAGCUGGCUAUACAGCCUGAUAUCAGUGACGGUGUAGGCCUAAAUCAGCAUGUUGUUUGUGCAACAGUAUCUUCUAAAUGAAAGAGGAAUAGGCGAAGCAUGAAUAUGUUAGCUACAUGAAGUAGCUAAGAGAAAAUGUUAGGCUACAUUACAUGUUAUAGGGUCCCCUAGGAAACACUGACCAACACUUUGGUUCCUACCCUGUCACAAUAACUCCUCCCUGGCAUUUGCAUUCAUUGUCAUGUCAAUUAACACUGUAUUCAAAGUGCCCACUAUUAUCUUCUAACUGUAGAAUUAGAAUAAUUAUUAUUUUUCCAUGAUUCCAACAGUUCACCCAAGUGUUUUGAUCUAAAUUGCAAGACAAAUUGCAAUUGAAACAUUUGGUUAAAAAUAUGGCCUAGAUUGUUUGCCCAUAUCAUGCAGCCCAAUGUGGCAGUGUGGAAAUGAUCUCAAAUGAGUGCAGGAAAUGCAGAAAUUUAUUUUUGGUUGAAGUUUUAAUUGAACAGUAAAAAACAAUCACAAUGGAGAGAGACCCAUUGAAAUCAUGUAGAAUGUAUGUGUCGCCACCCUAGGGUCACGCACUACUCAUAAAGCAAAUGUAUAACUUGUAUUAUUAAAAAAACAUAAAAUACCGUCAUACUGUCAAAUUUAAAAAAGAAUGAUAUGAUAUUUUGGCCGUAUCGCCCAGCCCUGACACUGUAGCUGCUGCUCACACUAUGCAUGGCCAUCAUAUUUAUAAUGUUUAUCAUUAAAAUACUGUAGCCAGCUACAUUUCCUAAUGUUUUGCUUAAAGGUCAUCUUACAUUUUUGAUCUACGUUUAGAAAACGCAGCAAGAGAUUUCUUACGCGUUUUAUCUUUUUUUCCUGCGUGAAAAAUAAAGAAUUCUAAGUUUAACUUGCUAGUUAUCUAAUUAAGUUACUUAAUUAAUAAGGUGACUGGGCAUCAUAUUGUGUAAGCUUUCUGCCGUGUUUGAGAAGUCAAAGCCCUUUGGAGGAGUUAUCUGUACAGCUGCCGCUAUCUUGAUUUCCUAUUUUCUCCUCUCUAUUCUGGGCCCGUCUGCUCCUCCCCCAUCUUCUCAGAGCAGGCAGGCCUGUUGCCCUAGCGACUCCAAACAGACACAGGGUGUGUAUGUUCACAUGCUGCUUCAGAGAAGACAAGCAUGCAUCAAAACUUUGUUCAGUUGCCCAAUGUCUCUCGUUCACAUUUGCUUGUAAAUGUCCAAAGUCACGAAAAAUGACAUUCAGUAGCUCCUACCUAUACAUGUAUAACUUUAUGAGCUGGAUUGCCUCUCUUUACAAUUAGUUUUUUUUCGUUUGUGCUCGUUAGCAUAUUUAGCAUGCAGCCUCUAUGGAAAUUCGCUAUUACUUGUGCUAAUUUUGUUAGCAUUCUGGGAACAUAUGCCCAAUGGUCUUUUUGCGUUUUCUGGCGCCCCCUUGUGCAAUAAGCCGGUAAUACUGUAAAUCCCGGAAUGUGAGAAGGACCGAAUGACGAUAUGAAAAUCUGCAAACCGCCCAACCCUAGUUACUGGCUCAACUGUUCUGGGGAACUAUGGUAAGCUUCACAAUGUGCAAUAUGUUAGGAGAUAAAGCAGAUUGCCUUCAUUUCACCUGUCACAUUAUUUUACAAGUUCACUGCAGGUAUUUACUUAAAAAGAGUACAAAUCCUGCACAGAAAUCUUCAUAUCAAUAGCCACGGCAAGUCGGGUUCCAGACAAUCCGGAACCGCAGCCACUCGGUAGUAAAUAAUAAUCUAAUAAAAUCUCUGUGGUGUUGUUCCCUGUUUACGGCUCAUGUCAGCAUAACAUUUGUAAAGGAUGUCCUACAUUUGUGGUUAUCUGAUCAGGGUUAUGUUUGGGUCUAUUUGUGUGCCAGGUACCCCACUUUCAUCGAUGCCCUCCGUGACAUCGACGACGCCCUCUCCAUGUGCUUCCUGUUCUCCACCUUUGCCCGCACGGGGAAGUGCCACGUCCAGACCAUCACGCUAUGCCGACGCCUCACUGUGGAGUGGAUGAACUACAUAGUCACAUCUCGCUCUCUCAUGAAGGUAGGAAGGACAAGACUGCAGAUGUGUCCUCACUAACAUAAAUAGUUGGUCCUCAAUGAAAAUGAGUGCAGGCAUAAUUGAUUAAGUAAUGAUACUGACUGUUACAGGUACAAUAGCCUCUGAAAUGGAUUUGUCAUCACAAUUGUGUGUACAGUGCAUUCGGAAAGUAUUCAGACCCCUUGACUUUGUCCACAUUUUGUUAACGUUAAAGCCUUAUUCUGAAAUGGAUUCAAUAGUCCCCCCCCCCCCCCCCAAUCUACACACAAUACCCCAUAAUGAAUGACAAAGCAAAAACUGGUUUUUAAAAAUGUCUGCAAAUGUAUAAAAUUUUUUAAACUGAAGUAUUACAUUUACAUAAGUAUUCAGACCCUUUACUCAUUACUUUGUUGAUUCACCUUUGGCAGCAAUUACAGCCUCGAGUCUUCUUGGGUAUGACGCUACAAGCUUGCCACACCUAUAUUUGGGGAGUUUUUCCCAUUCUUCUCUGCUGAUCCUCUCAAGCUCUGUCAGGUUGGAUGGGGAGCGUCGCUGCACAGCUAUUUUCAGGUCUCUCCCGAGAUGUUCGAUCAGGUUGAAGUCCGGGAUCUGGAUGGGCCACUCAAGGACAUUCAGGGACUUGUCCCGAAGCCACUCCUGUGUUUUCUUGGCUGUGUGCUUAGGGUCGUUGUCUUGUUGGAACCGUUGCCCCAGUCUGAGGUCCUGAGCAGGUUUUCAUCAAGGAUCUCUUUGUACUUUGCUCCAUUAAUCUUUCCCUCGAUCCUGACUAGUCUCCUAGUCCCUGCCGCUGAAAAACAUCCCCACAGCAUGAUGCUGCCAACACCAUGCUUCACCGUAGGGAUGGUGGCAGGUUUCUUCCAGAAGUGGCGCUUGGCAUUCAGGCCAAAAAGUUCAAUUUUGGUUUCAUCAGACCAGAGGAUCUUGUUUCUCAUGGUCUGAGAGUCCUUUAGGUGCCUUUUGGCAAACUCCAAGCGGGCUGUCAUGUGCCUUUUACUGAGGAGUGGCUUCCGUCUGGCCAUUACCAUAAAGGCCUGAUUGGUGGAGUGCUGCAGAGAUGGUUGUCCUUCUGGAAGGUUCUCUCAUCUCCACAGAGGAACUCUGAAGGGCUGUCAAGGUGACCAUCGGUUUCUUGGUCAUCUCCCUGACCAAGGCCCUUCUCCCCCGAUUGCUCAGUUUGGCCGGGCGGCCAGCUCUAGGAAGAGUCUUGGUGGUUCCAAACUUCUUCCAUUGAAGAAUGAUGGAGGCCACUGUGUUCUUGGACUUUCAAUGCUGCAUAAUUUUUUUGGUACCCUUCCCGAGAUCUGUGCCAUAACACAAUCUAGUUUCGGAGCUCUACGGACAAUUCCUUCGACCUCAUGGGUUGUUUUUUGCUCUGACAUGAACUGUCAACUGUGGGACCUUAUAUAGAUAGGUGUGUGCCUUUCCAAAUCAUGUCCAAUCAAUUGAAUUUACCACAGCUGGACUCUAAUCAAGUUGUAGAAACAUCUCAAGGAUGAUCAAUGGAAACGGGAUGAACCUGAACUAAAUUUCCAGUCUCAUAGCAAAGGGUCUGAAUAUUUAUGUAAAUAAGGUAUUUCAGUUUUUUUAUUUUUAAUACAUUUGCUAACAUUUCUAAAAACCUGUUUACGCUUUGUCAUUAUGGGGUAUCGUGUGUAAAUUUAUGAGGGAAAAAGUUAAUUUAAUCAAUUUUAGAAUAAGGCUGUAACUUAACAAAAUGUGGAAAAAGUAAAGGGGUUUGAAUAUUUUCGGAAUGCACUGUAUGUACUGAACAAAAAUAUAAAUGCAACAUGCAACAAUUUCACAGAGUUACAGUUCAUAUAAGGAAAUCAGUCAAUUGAAAGAAAUUCAUUAGGCCCUAAUCUAUGUAUUUAACAUGACUGGGCAGGGGUGCAGCCAUGGGUGGGCCUGGGAGGGCAUAGGCCCACCCACUUGGCAGCCACACCCACUCACUGGGGAGCCAGGCCCAGCCAAUCAGAAUGAGUUAUUACCCACAAAAGGGCUUUAUUACAGAAUCAAAUACUCCUCAGCACCCCUCCCACCCCUCCUCAGACAAUCCUGCAGGUGAAGAAGCUGGAUGUGGAGGUCCUGGGCUGGCGUGGUUACACGUGGUCUGCGGUUGUGAGGCUGGUUGGACGUACUGCCAAAUUCUCUAAAAUGACAGUGGAGGCAGCUUAUGGUAGAGAAAUUAACAUUAAAUUCUCUGGCAACAGCGCUGGUGGACAUUCCUGCAGUCAGCAUGCCAAUUGCACACUCCCUCAACUUGAGACAUCUGUGGCAUUGUGUUGUGUGACAACUGCACAUUUUAAAGUGGCCUUUUAUUGUCCCCAGCACAAGGUGCACCUGUGUAAUGAUCAUGCUGUUUAAUCAGCUUCUUGAUAUGCCACACCUGUCAGGUGGAUGGAUUAUCUUGGCAAAGGAGAAAUGCUCACUAACAGCGGCGUAAACAAUUUGAGGGAAAUAAGCUUUUUGUGUGUAUGGAACAUUUCAGGGAUUAUUAUUUUUCAGCUCAUGAAACAUGGGUCCAACACUUUGCGUUUAUAUUUUUGUUCAGUGUACGUAUAGACGUAGCAGUGUUAGAUGCCUAUUAAGUGUUGUGAAAGCAUUUUUGGGGUGGUUAGUCCACAUUGAAUAUGUCUGAAUGAGAUGCAUGCUAUUUGGCAAGAAAAUAACUGGUAUUCUGCUGUACACUUGACAUUGUUUUGCUUUCCCUGGCAGGUUUUCCUCUCCAUCAAGGGGAUUUACUAUCAGGCAGAGGUCCUUGGACAGCUCAUCACCUGGCUCGUGCCCUACCAGUUUGCCCAUGACGUAAGUGCUGAGUCACAUCACAGCAGCUCAAAGAGCCAUUUUCGUAUUUUUUUUAUACUUUGGGUUUUUAUUGAUUUAUUUCACUAAUGUACAGAAAUUCACCAUAGAAAAAUGAAUACAAAAAAUAAAUGCAAAAGGCUGGGGUUCAGGGAUACAUUACGUGCAAUAUUCACAUUACAACGUACAUACAGUUAUGUCAUAACCACAUUUAGUAGUUAAUGUCCCAUUACUGAGCCUCAAACCGUAUCUAUCGCUCCCAUCUGGCCUCAAACUCGUUUUCCCUCAUUCUUAACACAUAAGUCAUUUUUUGCCAUAUUAUAGAUUUCUUGUAUAAUGUCUAACCAAUCAUCUAGUUUUGGAGGAUCUAAUUAAUACAAGUGUCUUGUUAUAGCUUUCUUACUAGCUGCAAGAAGGUCCCUAAUCAUAUACUAUUCACAUGCCCUUAUUUCAUCCUGUACAUUUCCUAGGUAGACAACAAAGUCCUAGGGACACCAUAACCCAGGAUGGCUUUAAUAGUAGAACACACGUUAUCCCAUAACUCAUCAAAUGUUUUGCAUUCCCAGAAGAUAUGAUAGUGGUUAGCUUCCAUGUGUCCACACAUUCUCCCAACAAAUGUGUUGCAUACAAAGUUGUUUACUCUUAAUUUUAGGUGUAAUAAAGAAUCACGUCAGGUUCUUCCAACAGAACUCUUUCCAUAUUCUUGAAUUAGUGGUGGCCUGUUUUGUUUUACACAUGUUCUUCCACUCUUCUUCUGAGAUAAAGUUGAUUUAUUUUCCCAAUUUUUCCUUGAUGUACAAGGUUGAGUUAUCUUUACUUUCCAUCAAGCUGUGGUACAAUACUGAGAUUACCUGAAAAUGUACUUGCCUUCUAUGAUUUACUAAUAGCUCUCAAAACUCAAUCUGAGUCCAUGGGGGAGUUGGCUGCUUUACCCCCUUUAUAUAGUAAUCCAUGAAUUGUUAGUAUCUAAAAUAAAAUCCUUAUUUUCCAAAUUGUACAUUGCCUUUAGAUCCUGAAAAAUCAUAAUUUCCCCAUUCUCAACAAUAGUACACAAUGCCAUUAUACCCUGAUUAACGCAUUGUUUAAACCGUUGAUCAUAUGUGCCAGGUUGACAUUUGACAUCCAUAUGCACAACAUCUCAUCAUCCUACUUCCUCUCUCCAAUUUGUGUUUCCGGACCAUAUCAAACCAAAUAUCUAAUGUGAAUGUUGUUAUUGGGUCCAAUAUGGUCUUAAAUGGUUCUUAUCUCCCACCAAAGUUUGGAUUGGCUUUCCCAUUAUGCUCCUCUCUAUAUCCUUCCAUAUUGCAGAGUAACUUCUAUCACACCAGUAAACUAUGUAUCUGAGUGUUGCCGCAUAGAAAUAUUCUCUCAGGUUGGGUAGUGCCCUUUAUCCUUGGGAAGUUGCAAUAUCUAAUCCUAGGUUUCUUACCAUCCCAGAUAAAUCUCAAUAUCAGUUUGUCCCAUACUCUAUAUUGACUUUGAGGCAUUAUAAUUGAAAGAGAUUGGAAUAAGUACAACAGUCUGGGUACAAUAUUCAUACUUAUGGAGUAUGGACCAUCUCAAAACAUUUAUAUGGUCGUAGUUAGCUUUAUAUAUAUUUUUGAGGGAAUCUUUGGUUAAGUAAUUUUGUCUUAAUUUCUAGAUAAGGGGAAUAGGUAAAUGUCAGGAUCUGCGUUUUAAGCACAUUCAAUUUAUAUCCAGAAUAAUCGAUUCAUCCGUUUAGGGAAACCUACCUCUGGGUUAUUCAAAUACUAUGACACCGUCUGCAAAUAGUCCAGUGAUAUGUUCCACUUCUCCCACAGUGAUACCCCCUAGGUUCUCUCUCUGUCUAAUUGCCUGGGCUAGAGGCUCUAUAUACAGGGUGAAAAGGAUCGGCGACAAGUAACAACCCUGUCGUGUGCCCCUUUUUUGAGGUUAAUCUUGUUUGUCAAAUUCCCAUUUAUUCUAGCUGUCGGAUUCUGAUAAAUGGCUUUGAUGCAUUUGAUUGACUCUUCCUUAAAUCAUUUACAUUACAUUUACAUUUUAGUCAUUUAGCAGACGCUCUUAUCCAGAGCGACUUACAGUUGGUGAGUGCAUACAAAUCCAAACCUUUUCAGAACUUGAUAUAGAAAUGUCCAAUUCACACAAUCAAAAGCCUUCUCUGCAUCUAGGCUAACCAAAGCUGCACUUUUCUCCCCAUUUUGAAUAGGAUUGAUAAAAUGUGAAGACGUUCUAAUAUUGUCUUAUGUUUGACGACCCUUAAUGAAUCCGGUUUGGUCUUCAUCAAUCAAAUCUGGCAUGAACUUCUCAAAUCUCUUGGAUAUAAUUGAAGUAUACAGUUUAAUCUACAUUUCAAAUUGACACAGGGCAGUAGCUAUUACAUAAUUAUUUAUCUUUGCCUUCUUUGGGGGUUAUUGAAAUAAUAGCUUCCUUCCACGAUGGGGGAAUAAGGCCCUCCUUCAAGGUUCAAUUGAAGGAUGAUCCAAGCAAUGGGGUCAAUUCCUCAAAGGUUUUGUACCACUCUGAUAGGAAGCUGUCGCUCCCUGAAAAUUUGUUGUUCUUAAGUCUAGUAACUGCACUCACUACCUCUGUAAUGGGUGCUGUGGGGGUGUCAUUCUGUGUUUUCCCAAUAGAUGGCAAAUCCAGAGAAUUAAGAAACUCCUUCAUUAUAUCGUCUGCUGCGGGUGGUUGAGUAUACAGGUUUUUGUAAUAGUCCUCAAAUAUAUGCGCUAUGGUUAUAGGUCCGUGUUUUAAUUUGUCUAGUUUGUGGAUCUCUUAUGGUAUAAAUUGUAUUUGCUAUCUGUUUGCAGAUGCGUCUAGCUAGCAGUCUAGUAGCUUUAGGGCCCGCCUCAUAAAAUGUCUGUUUCAAAAAUCUGUUUCAAUAAGUAUCGUCUCGUUACUAAGAAUAUCAUCUAUUUUUCUCCUUGUUUCUUUUAUUUAUUUUAUUAUUAAUGGAUCAAGUGAUCUUUUGUUUUUAUUCCAUAUCUUUCAAAUUCGGAUAUAUAGCCAAUCUACCUUUCUUCUGGAAUGUUGUAAGUGCGGUUCGUUUCCCACGAAUGACAACCUUCACUGCAUCCCAUAGAAUAUUAGGAUUCACCUCACCAUUGUCAUUUUCCUCUAUACAUCUCCUUAUUUCCAUUUUUAUUUGAUCUACCGUUACCUUGUUCUAAAUUCCAACAUUCAAUCUCCACACACUAUAUAUUUUCCUACAGUUUAGAUGUAUGGCCAUAGAAAUUAUACUAUGGUCUAAUACAUCAGAUACCCAAAUCCCACAUUCCUUCACUCUAUACCUAUCUCCUCCGUUUAUAAGGAAAUCAUUUAUCCUAGGAUAGAGUGAGUAAUGGGUAUAAUCCCUUUCCAAUGGGUGGAGGUCCCUCCAGAUAUCAAUCAGUCCCAGUUUUUAUCAAUCAGGUGUUAAUCAACAUUGUAAGGGCCAUUUUAUUUCUCUUAGUACUGGUCGUGUCCAGAUUAUGAUUUUAACACCACGUUCACAUUGCCCGCACAAAUUACAAUCCCCUCUGCUUCUGAUGCAAUGGUUUCAAAUACAUUUGUAAAAAGAACUUGUUGCUCUCUGGAGGGGCAUAAACAUUAACAAACGUUACCUCUAUUUUCCCCUGUACUACCGUAAAUCUCUCUUUGUCAUUCAUUUCCUUAAUACUUUCAAAAUGAACUGAGUUUGGAAUAAGGAUCGCAACCGCUCUUGUGUUUGUUUAAAAGAGCUGUAGAAUGUGUUUUUAAAACCAAACCUGUUCAGUUUUUUGUGUUCCAAUUGUGAUAAAUGUGUUUCAUGGAGGAAUAUGGCCUGGGCUUUACUUUUCUCUUUUUGUUGUUGUUGCAAUAACCUUAAUUCUCUUCAUAGGAUUGUUCAAACAUUCUCAUUUAGGGACACCAACUUAAUGUCAUUAGUCAUAUGUUGCAUUGUUUUUGUACAUCAAGAUGGUAUUCAAACCAGGUAACAAAAAAACAUUCAAACCCUGAACAUCUGGGUACAAAAUCUCAAUAAAAAGUAGACCUCCAAAAAUGGGUUUCCCAAUGAAGCCCUCUCCACACACCCCCUGUGUGGUUCGAGGAGAAAAAUCCACUCAAUGUUUUCGGCCCCUCUCUAGCAGUGUGGAGAUGGUCGAAUUCUCCCUCCACAGACUAGCUAGGACCAGUUUCCGACUCUCACCCCACAGUCUUGGUUACUGUUCAAAAUGAAUCAGUGUUCCGUUUGAAAGAUUCAAUUCGUUUGUGAGUUUCCAAAUAAAACGUUGUUAAAGUAAAUAGUCGGCCUUACGGACAGCGUUUUGAGCGAUAAUUUUCUGGAUAUAAUGAUACGUCAGUAUGUUAACGAUUGGCCUUAAUCCUGAUGGGCUAUUGCGCUCCCCUCCCACACGCCUCCACGUCGACCCUCGUUGUAGUUGUCCCUCACUGGUGAUGCUGUUGUGCCCGUCAUCUCCUCCGGCCGGUUCCUCGAUACUGAAUCCCCUCUUUCUCAUGUCCUGCGCUGCCUUGGCCACACUGCUGUUGACCCUCGGACUCCCAGUGGAUUCUCAUCUUGUCCAUGUGGGAUUGAAAGCGGAUUCCUUUUUCUUUAAGAGCUCUCUUCAGUCCAGCAUAGGAUUUGCGUCUCUGAAUAACCUUGUGAGCGUAAUUGUGGUCGAAUGACAGUAUGUGUGUUCCAUGUUUAAUCUUCUGCCAGGCUUUCCUCAAAAAUAAUUUCCUUCGUAUUGUAUUGAAGGAAGUUGACAACAAUGUAUCUAGGGGGUAGAUCGGCACUUGGUUUUUGAGCAAGUGCUCUGUGUGCUCUCUGGAUCUGAAGAUCUGUAUCUGUCAUUUUUGCAUAAACCUUCUUUGAAUUGGGGCAUAUCUCUUCCCUCUGCCUCCUCAGCAAUGCUGCAAAUAUGGAUAUUGUUGUGCCUGGACCUUUCCUCAAGGUCCGUCAGCUUCUCCUGUAUUAUUCGUUGUUGUUUCAGUGACUGGAGUAGAGCUUCACCAAUUUCCAUGUUUGUUCUUCCAGCUGCCCGAUCCGUGUGUCUGCCCCUUUCAAAGCUGUACUUUGGGCGUGAAGUUCCCCUUUAGUUUCCUGGAGCCUCGUUGUAACUUCGUGUUUUAAUUCCUCUAACUCCUUUAUUUCCUUCUUAAUGUCGUCCUUGAAUGUAGUAAGGUUCCCUCUCAUUUCAGUUUUAAGUUUGCAGAUUUUCCUGCUAAUACUUAUCAGCAUUUCCUUCGCCGGGUUCCUCCAUCUCAGUCGUCGUCGCCAUCUUGCCUUGCUUGUUGAGGGCUGUGUGUGUCUUCAUCCAUUUCAGCUUUAUUCAAGUUUUUAACUUGUUUUUUAAACUUAUACUGACUUCUUGUUCUAUCUCCACCACUCAUUUAUACUGAAGCUUUAUAUAUUAGAGUUUUGAAAAUAUGAAUUUGGGGGUGAAUUAUUUACAACCGACAGGGAGCUUGUUUUCUACAUGGCCAUUCUGUCGCUCACCAACCAGGAAGUCCCAAAGAGCCAUUUUCAAAUGUAUUCAGUCACUGAGUUUUGUCUAAUUAGGGCACAAGUUAAUGUAUUUGUUUAAUCAAUUAAGACUUCUUAGUUAUUCAGGCAGGCUACAGACCCACAAGUUCUCAAAUCUCAAGUGUUGUAAUAGGUUAUUUAAGAAAAAUGGGGCAGAAGAAAAUUUUCAUUUUGGUAACUAAACAGUGUUAUGAAUUUACUACUAUUCACUGAAAGUUUCUAUACUCUCUCCUCACUAUCUCUGUAGCUCCCUAAUUCCGCUUGUUGACUUAGCAUUGACUUCCCAUCUCUUUCAUGGGGCCUGGUGAUUUCAGUUGAUUUUGAGAGCUUGACUUUAAAGAGGUAAAUUAUAGGCUGUUUGCGAAGAUAGUGACAAGUUUGUUUGAAAGACGCUCACAUUUCAGGGAACAGUCAGGUUUGUGACUCCACUUUGUAAAUUGUUUAUAGGACAUUGUUAGUCGUUUUGUGGUGAAAUGAUCAAGAGUGCUUUUAGAACUAAUACGGCCACUUGCUCUUUAUUGUUUCAAGGCAAAUUCAAUUUAAGUUGAUGCUGUUAAAUGUGGGUAAAUUAGAUGAGCUUGAUAAGUGUAUGUGGCAAUGGCUCUCCUUAACAUUGACUCUACAAUACAAGCUUUCAGACAAUAAUUACCUGUCCUUUCUCCCCCAGCACCCGACAGAUGUGGACUACAGAGUAAUGGCCACCUUCACAGAGAUGUACACUACCCUCUUUGGCUUCAUUAACUUCCGCCUCUACCAGACCCUCAACCUGGUCUACCCGCCCAAGGUAACCCAGUACCUGGCCUAAACUUGCAUCGUGUUCAUUACGCACCAAGCGGAAGAAAACUGACUGAAACAGGGAGUGGCUACCAGAAAUCAAAUAAGAAAUGCUCGUUUUUGUUUUCCGUUGCAAAACAUUUUGCUACAGUGUGCCCUAAUGAAUACAAUCCCGGAGAACCAUUUCAACUAUCUCACGUCACAAGUGGUGCCUUUUUUGUAGCCAUGUUAUUUUUGUCGAUGAACAUAUAUUGUCUUGUAGUAUAAAGAGAUUAUUGGCCAGCUAGUUGUGUGUCUGAGCUGUUGCUAACUCCACCCCUCUCUCCAGCUGGACAGCAAAGCUGAGUCGGAGCUGAAGGCAGAGCACGAGGAGGACUACGCUAUGGACUCAGAGAGCUACUUGGAGGUGGGCCUUUCAUCACUGUUAUGGAUUGAUAUAAGGUCUACUCAUCGAUUUAUAUUAACUUGAGGAUUCCUGUAUAUGUCAGACAGGACAGCCAGCCCUCUCUCUAUUGAUCUGGGCUACCUGCCCUACCUUGAUGGUACUCUAUCAGUAGAAAUGUGUUUGUUUUUAAGCUGUGUGUAAACUGAACCUGUGUGUUUCAUGCGCUAAACAGAAACUGUCAGCCCUGAGUGCCAGCCUGGCACGGGUGGUCGCCACCGCAGAGGAGGAGGAGAACCAGCUGGACCAGUUCCCUACCGAGGGGGUAAGGAGACACACUGAAUAAACUAGCUACCUGGUGGUCAGGAGUGUGUUAUAACCAAUGCCUGCCACGUUCACCUUUCAUUCCUUCCAUUUAGAAAGCACUUUCUUUCCCAAAUCUUCAGGACGUGGGUGGAGGAACUAUUUGUAGCGCCCACUCAAUGUAAAUUGAUAGUUCUGAUACAAAAGUCAUCCUCGAUAUUUGAAGGAUGUUGAUGUUCUUAUAAAUCAUUGUUAGGCAGUUUGAAGUUGGGAUAAAAAUAGCUGAUUAACUAAUUGCUCACAGAAGGAUGGAUUGAGAGGCCAAACAAACAGGGAAUAAAGGAAACACUGCAAAUCAGUGGGUCUACAGAGAGCUACAUUUUCCCCCAAUGGAUUCACCUCAUUAGAGGUGUUAGACUGGCUAGCACUCCUCUAUGGCUACAAGGGAGGUGUUUAUAAACAACAUGAUGAAACCAAUCCCAUCCCACUAACUGCCUGUGUACCCUUCUAAAAACUCCUUUCACCCCCCCCCCCCCCCCCCCCCCCCCCCCUUCUCUUUCUCUUUCUUCAGGAGGACCUGGAGAAUAUGGAGGCCAGAGAGAAGGUGCAGAAAGAGCAGGAGGCCCAGAAAAGGCUUUUUGAGGGGCUCAAGUUCUUCCUGAACAGGGAAGUUCCAAGAGAGUCACUGGCUUUUAUCCUGAGGUGAGAACCAGCCCAACGUCACAACCAUUAUGGCACCCUGGGAAGUGUUUUUUUUUUUAUUGAUCUCCAUCCCUCUCUGUCUGUCAGGUGUUUUGGUGCUGAGGUGUCCUGGGACAAGUCCCUCUGCAUUGGUGGCACCUACGAAGUGACCGACGAGACAAUCACCCAUCAGAUUGUGGACAGGCCUGACCUGGACAAGCAGUACAUCAACAGGUGAAGGGAACCCAACGGAUCAUACAACUUUAUCUGUAGUCAUUACAGCUGUUGCCAAUGUCUUGCCAUUCAUUCAAAAUGUUUGCAUGAAUGAUCUUUGGGGAAAAAACUAAAUACAACCCCCCCCCCCCCCCCCCCCCUUUUCAGACCUUGUCCCCUUUAUCCCUUUUCAUAGAGCUUAGCUUUAAACAGGGUACAUAAUGGGCCUGCUAACCCUGUCCAAACCUUCAUGUCUUUAGCUGUUGUGAUCAAUACAUACAACACAUCCUCAACUUGCCAAUGUGUGAAUGGUCUCAAAUCUUUUUGGAAUGUUUAAAUGUUACAUUCAAAGGUUGGUUGGGUUGACUGACUGUAUAAAUAUCCCAAUGGAGCCAACCUGGCACAAUGGAAUUGUCCCAAAGGUGCGAACUCCGCCCAUCUGGCACUUCAGACAGUCUGGAUCAAACGCUUAAAGUAUUUGAAAGAAGACAGCUAUUAUUUGAACCCAGUUUGAUCCAUAUCUGUGUAGAAACCUUGGUCGUAAAGGAGGCAGGCAGGUGUGUAACUGUAACCGUGUGUCUGGUGGUCGUGUCCUGCUCCAGGUACUACAUCCAGCCCCAGUGGGUGUUUGACUCAGUCAACGCCAAGAUGCGCCUGCCCGUUGAGGACUACUUCCUGGGGACGACGCUGCCGCCCCACCUCUCGCCCUUCGUGGAGGAGAAGGACGGCGACUACGUGCCCCCGGAGAAGUUAAAGCUCAUGGCCCUGCAGCGCGGCGAGAAGCCCGGUAAGAGCUGAGCAGAGCCAGACUCAAAAGUAGUGCACUGUGGGGGUAAUGGGGUGCCCUUUCCUAUGCAACCUACAGUUAACUGCCAAAAUAAAGGAAAUGCCAACAUAAAUUGUGUUAAUAGGGCGUUGGGCUCAUUGCUUCAAUGCACCUUGGCAUAGAUUCUACAAGUAUCUGGAACUCUAUGGGAGGGAUGCGACCCUGUUCUUCCACAAUAAAUUCCAUGACUUGGUGUUUUGUAGAUGGUGGUGGAAAACGCUGUCUCAGGCGCCGCUCUAGAAUCUCCCAUAAGUGUUCAAUUGGGUUUGAGAUCUGGAGACUAAGACGGCAAUGGCAUAUCAUUUUCAUGCUCAUCAAACCAUUCAGUGACCACUCGUAGGGCCCUAUAAAAUAUGCGUUGCGGACGGAGUCACGGAAUCCAGACAUUAAAAUGGAAGAAAAAACUAAAUGUAUUGAACUUAUUAGAAAAUUCAUUAAUUUGCUCAAUAUUAUUAGACAUUAACAAAAUGCAUCAGUGAUUCAUAUUUUCCUUCAACUUUCUGAAGAGGCAACGGCACAGGAAUGCCCGUCUGUGUGCCUUUGUCUACCACUUUUUGUAGCCUUUAGCGGUGAAUCUAAUGUAAUGACAACCGUCUUCUGGUAGAUGGAAAGGUUCUCAAUUAAAUGUUUAAUACAAAGUAGCCUAUGCCUACCUGGCAGAAUGAUAUCAUGAUUAUUUGUAUCAAUCCGGUGGCCAGUUGUUUUGCAAACUGCAAUCACAUGAGCGCUACAGAAACAUCACUAACCGAACAACGGUCUCUGGCUGGUGCGCAGUUGAAUCCACAAUUCUUAGAUUUUACCCUCGAGGUCUCUUGAUGUGGUUCAAGCAUUGUUGUGGCCUUUUUUUAUUUUUUUUUUUUUAACGGAAACCUGUAAAAACAACGGAAUUUGGGAAAAACUAGAAGGAGUACAGAUGUUAUAGGGCCCUACAACCGUGCACUGUGGAUAGGGACAUUGUCAUCGUAUCAGGGCAUAGCCAUGGUGGCCAAAAUAAUUGCCUGCCCAGCAUUUUAUACAUGACCCUUAGCAUGAUGGGAUGUUAAUUGUUUAGUUAACUCAGGAACCACACCUGAGUGGAAGCACCUGCUUUCAAUAUACUUUGUGUCCCUCAUUUACUGAAGUGAUUCCAUUAUUUUUGCACUUACCUGUAUCUCUGCUUCACAUGUUUCUGCGUCUGCAUGAUGUAUGUUGCGUUUAACUAAAAUGUUCAACCAUAUAUAUAUAUUUUUUUCAGUACAAGAUGAGGAGGAGGAGGAAGAAGAAGAGGAUGAUGAUGAUGAGGAAGAAGAAGAGGCUGAUGACGAUGUGGACGAAGAAGAGUUGACCGAGGAGAAGAAUCUGAAGAAGAUGGAGAAUAAGCGAGCCGAGGGCAAGGUGAGAUAAUCCUAGCGGUCUACACCAGGGUUCCCCAACUGGCUGAAUUUGACCCUUGGGUGAUUGUAUUCCCCCCCCUCCCUAAAGUUUUCUUUGCAAAAAAUAAAUACAUCAGCUCCACGUGAUUUUUUAAUUUUGGAAAUGUUGUUCCAAGUAUUCCCACGCAUAAGAGAGACGUGAUCGUAUACAAAUGUAAGCAAGGUUUUGAAAUUGUUAUGUUUUAGUCAAAUACUAUAUCUGUUUGGAUUUCUUGCGGUCAAUUUGCAGUCUACAAAUUAUUAUGAAUGAUGUUCCUGACCUUCCGCUCAAGAAUCAUCCCGUUGCUGAAUGUAGUUGAUGAUCCCUGCUCUACACGUUUGAACAUCUGAAUGGCCUGUUUCAUCCAACAUAAAACGUUAUCGUAAGGCGCAUUGACAUUUUGGACACACCCUUAGAAGUAUCUUUUCUCUCCUGUCCCUGCAGACUUUGGGGGUGAAGGUGACCCCCGGCAAAGUGAAACCCUGGGAGACUGGUUCCGUGGGGAACAAGGUGCGCCUUGAGCAGGAGGAGAAGGCGGAGGAGAAGCGUCUGGCCAUCAUGAUGAUGAAGAAGAAGGAGAAGUACCUGUACGACAAGAUCAUGUUUGGCAAGAAGAGGACGACCCGAGAGGUGAGUCCCCUACACUCUGCACCGGCCAAACUGACAUGGCACCUCACAUGCCAUCACUGCGUCCCAUUGCCUGUCGAUGGAGAUAGUUAAAUAGAUACAGUGCAUUCGGAAAGUAUUCAGAUCCCUUCCCUUUUUCCACAUUUUGUUACGUUACAGCCUUAUUCUAAAAUUGAUUAAGUAACAGUAAAUUAUCAUCAAUCUACACACAAUACCCCAUAAUGACAAAGCGAAAACAGGUUUGUAGAAUUGUUUGCAAAUUUAUAAAAAAUACGAAACCGAAAUACCUUACUUACAGAAGUAUUCAGACCCUUUGCUAUGAGACUCCAAAUUGAGCUCUGGUGCAUCCUGUUUCCAUUGAUCAUCCUUGAGAUGUUUCUACAACUUGAAUGGAAUCCACUUGUGGUAAAUUCAAUUGAUUGGACAUGAUUUGAAAAGGCACACCUGUCUAUAUAAGGUCCCACAGUUGACCGUGCAUGUCAGAGCAAAAACCAAGCCGUGAGGUCGAAGGAAUUGUCCGUAGAGCUCCAAGACAAGAUUGUGUAGAGGCACAGAUCUGGGGAAGGGUACCAAAACAUUUCUGCAGCAUUGAAGGUCCCCAAGAACACAGUGGCCUCCAUCAUUCUUCUAUGGAAGAAGUUUGGAACCACCAAGACUUUUCCUAGAGCUGGCCCCUGGCCAAACUGAGCAAUCGGGGGAGAAGGGCCUUGGUCAUGGAGGUGUCCCCUCGCAGGCAAACAAACUGACGGCCAAGAGAAAGGCCCACGAAGACGCCAGCAAGGCUCAGAAGAAGCAGAAAAAAGCCAAGAAACAGUAGCCACCUAACUGUGGAUAUUCAUCAAGGACUCGUUUUGAUUUGUAUGGUCGUCAAUCAUACAAGGUUGAAGUCUCAUGAAACUCAUAGGUUUAUUAUGAAAAAGGAAUGAGUUGGUCCCAUUGAAUUUGAUAGGAGUGUUAAUAUCAUGUGGUCACGCAUGUUGGCAGGUGGAAAAGCUGGAGGAGUCACAUUGUUGCGAAAUAUAUUCCACCCUGCCACCUCAACCAUCGCGAGGUGAAUGUUUGCUUUGUUCUUAUUUGUGUGAACUCAGAUAUUCUGGUCAGUACUCUGUACCAUACAUUUUUUUCUAUGAUUCACCCUAUUUUAAUCUAUUGUAUGUGUAAUUAAAUGGGGUUCCUAAAGGACUCUGACCAUGAGAAACAAGAUUCUCUGGUCUGAUGAAACCAAGAUUGAACUCUUUGGCCUGAAUGCCAAGUGUAACGUCUGGAGGAAACUUGGCAGCAUCCCUACGGUGAAGCAUGGUGGUGGCAGCAUGCUGUGGGGAUGUUUUUCAGUGGCAGGGACUGGGAGACUAGUCAGGAUUGAGGGAAAGGUGAACAGAGCACAGAGAGAUCCUUGAUGAAAACCUGCUCCAGAGUACUCAGGACCUCAGACUGGGGCGAAGGUUCACCUUCCAACAGGACAACGACCCUAAGCACACAGCCAAGACAACGCAGGAGUGGCUUCGGGACAAGUCUCUGAAUGUCCUUGAGUGGCCCAGCCAGAGCCCGGACUUGAACCCGAUCUAACAUCUCUGGAGAGACCUGAAAAUAGCUGUGCAGCGACGCUGCCCAUCCAACCUGACAGAGCUUGAGAGGAUCUCCAGAGAGGAAUGGGAGAAACUCCCCAAAUACAGGUGUGCCAAGCUUGUAGCGUCAUACCCAAGAAGACUCGAGGCUGUAAUCGCUGCCAAAAGUGCUUAAACAAGUUACUGAGUAAAGAGUCUGAAUACUUAUGUAAAUUUCAUUUCCAUUUUUUAUUUUAUACAUUUGCAAAAAUGUCUAAACCUGUUUUUGCUUUGUCAUUAUGGGGUAUUGUGUGUAGAUUGAUGAGGGGGGGGGAAAUGUUUAAUCAAUUUUAGAAUAAGGCUGUAACGUAAUGUGGAAAAGGUCAAGGGGUCUGAAUACUUUUCCGAAUGCACUGUGAAAAAGUAUUUGCCCCCUUUCUGAUUUUCUCUAUUUUUGCAUAUUUUUUACAUUGAAUGUUAUCAGAUCUUCAACCAAAAACCUAGUAUUAGAUAAACCUGAGUGAAUAAACAACACAAAAAUUUGAUAAUUAUUUCAUUUAUCAAAAUUUAAAAAAUUAUGCAAUACACAAUGCCCCUGUGUGAAAAAGUAAUUGCCCCCUUACACUCAAUAACUGGUUGUGCCACCUUUAGCUGCAAUGACUGCAACCAAAUGCUUCCUGUAGUUGUUGAUCAGUCUCUCACAUCGCUAUGGAGGAAUUUUGGCCCACUUUUCCAUGCAGAACUUCUUUAACUCAGCGACAUUUGUGGGUUUUCGAGCAUAAACUGCACGUUUCAGGUCUUGCCACAACAUCUCAAUCAAGACAAUGAUCCAAAACACACAAGGUCUACAUCAGAAUGGCUGAAAAGCAACACAUUUCAAGUUUUGGAAUGGCCUAGUCAAAGUCCAUAUCUAAACCUGAUUGAGAUGUUGUGGCGGGACCUGAAACUAGUAGUUUAUACCCAAAAAAUGUAUUAACUCCGGAACAACACGAUUGAAGGGGGCAAUUACUUUUUCACACGGGCAUUGGCUGUUGCUUAAAUUUGUUUAUUAAAUCAAUCAAAUAAGUAUCACAUUUGUGUUAUUUGUUCACUCAGGUUUAUUUGAUCUAAUAUUAGGUUUUAGUUGGAGAAAAAUAGAGAAAAUCAGAAAGGGGGCGAAUACUUUUCACAACACAAUAGAUAGAUGGAGAGAUAAACGCAGCACAUUACCGUGUCAGACCCAUCAGUACGGUUGCCUCAGGAACAGUCAGUCUCACAGCCGUAUUAAUAUACAUUGAGGUAGAGGAUCAGGCCCGGCAUUUUGGGAUAACUGGCAGUGUACUUUCCUCUAUGCUGCUAUCUCUGUACCUAGUACCUCCCUAUUGAGCUGUAGGGAUAAUGAUUAACAGGGUUUGAAUAGCCGGGCCCUGGAAACCUUGCAUGCUAAAACAAUAGCCCUUUUAAAGGGAAUGUGACCUUGGUUGCAUACCAAUGAAUUCUCGAUUUACUCCACUGUUCAUUAACUCAAUCUACUUUCCCCUCGCAGGCAAACAAACUGACGGCCAAGAGAAAGGCCCACGAAGACGCCAGCAAGGCUCAGAAGAAGCAGAAAAAAGCCAAGAAACAGUAGCCACCUAACUGUGGAUAUUCAUCAAGGACUCGUUUUGAUUUGUAUGGUCGUCAAUCAUACAAGGUUGAAGUCUCAAACUCAUAGGUUUAUUAUGAAAAAGGAAUGAGUUGGUCCCAUUGAAUUUGAUAGGAGUGUUAAUAUCAUGUGGUCACGCAUGUUGGCAGGUGGAAAAGCUGGAGGAGUCACAUUGUUGCGAAAUAUUAUCCACCCUGCUAUUGUAUGUGUAAUUAAAUGGGGUUCUGUAUACUUCAGUAGAAGACCUUGUUGGUUUCAAGAACUUGUUGGUGUCAUCACAGACAAAUGUACUUUGAAGCUUCCCCUAAU